GUACACCUGCGCCAGCGCAGCUUCAAACACGUCAGUUUAGCCUCCAAAGGCCGCGACGCACGCGCUUUCCGAAACGCGGCAACUGUUACAUCGCGCGAAAAUGAAAUCGAGUUUCUAAAUUCGAAAAUACAUUUUUUUUAAUUCAUAUUCGACAAGCAAUUAACUGUUAUUCUUUUUUUGUCGUAACGUUGUGAUUUUCUAAGAAAUAUUUUUAGUAGUGUUAAAAAUGAAGUUAAUUUUUGUAAACAAUGUCCCAGGCUUGCUUCUGAUGUCGCUUGUGUUGCUGACCAAUGCUCAGAGAUCAAGCAAUAAUUACAGAGAUGUUGAUCCGCAAGAGUUGGCUCGGCAGAACAAGAUUACGAAGCAAAUAUUGGAAGUGUUCAUACAGAAGAAGCUAGGGUUGUCGAGAGGUUACGUGAGGCCACCGUCAGUACAAGAGAUCCUACCGAUGAAGAUACCUGAAGAAAGGAAGGUUAGGAAGAUUAACCAGACAGAGGUCAAUGAAAGCCAGGAGUUUGCAGAAGAUGACAGCUUGCAGAGCGUGGAGAGCGAACAGAUUGACUCGAUUUAUGCUGAAGGAAGAGGCAAGAAGUACCCGGGCUACGACAACGAAGUGGACAAUAUUGAUCAAUGCUCGAGUUGCAGUGACGAAAGCGAGCUUGGCGUAACGCGGUGGACAAUGCCUCUGCUCAAAACAGGAGAGAAGCGGUACUACUUAGGAAUAUUCUUUAAGGCGAACUGGUUCAAGGCGCAGCAGUACUGCCGGUUCCACGGGAUGCACCUCGCAUCUAUCUCCUCCCAGCAGGAGAAUGACAAGCUGGAGCAGUAUGUUAAGGACUCAGGUUAUGGGCGUGAGCAUUUCUGGACGUCGGGCACUGACUUGGCCGAAGAAGGCAACUUCUUUUGGAUGGCCAACGGCAGACCUCUCACCUUUGUCAACUGGAACGCUGGAGAACCCAACAACUUCCGAUACGAGAACGGAGAAGAAGAGAACUGUCUAGAACUAUGGAACAGGGAUGAUAAGGGACUCAAAUGGAACGAUUCGCCUUGCUCCUUCGAAACUUACUUUAUUUGUGAGGUUAGGUCAGAUUGAUGUGUGUGAUCGCAAGCUAGGAAUGCCAUUUUGUAUGAAUGUUUGAUGAAUUUAAAGGCCUGCAUAGACGAGUGACUAUAUUUGCACACGAAAAGAAAAGACAUUUUUUUUUAGUCAAAUAGAAUGGGACGUUGUUCGAAGUGAUAUUCUGAAGUAAGCAGUCUUUUUUAAGAAAUCCCGCUGUGAAUGCGAGGUGUGGGAGUAAGAAAGACCCCAAAAGAACCCGCCGCAUGAUAAUGCUGCCAAUGCUUCUCUCCAUUUCUGAUUCCUCUCACACUAAGGUUGACAGGAAGAGAUACCGCUUUAGAGAUAAAGUCCACCUUUGUGUCCUUUUUUUAAUUUGAUAUUUCUUUUUUGUACUUUCCACUUUCGGUGCAAUAAAGAGUAUUGUAUUGAAGAUAUUGAUAGGCCCUUUUUGUAUAAUUAGAACUUAAUCGAGGUACCUACGCUUGUUGUUUUGGUGUAGAAGUUAAUAUUUCCAUGUAUACUGUCUCUCGUCUGCUCAGGCCUUAUACAACUGAGAUUUUUUUUAUAUUUCUGUAUAGGAAUCAGUGAAUCACAAAAUAUUUAUUCUUAUUUUAUUAAUUUUAUGUCUAUUUUCAUAAUAUUUAAAAUUUUGUUCGUUUUGUAUGUACAUGAUUUUCAUACAAAAGUUACCAUUAGGCAUGUACUUUAAAAGUAUUGUAAGUUAUUUUUUAUGUUUGUGGAGUUGGAAAAACACUCGAAUACUUUUAGUAUUAUAAAAAAAAAAUGUUGGGAAAACAUUCGCAAAGAUGUUUUUAAAUAAGGAAUUGAAAUUAAAAAGAAAAACUAUAGGUCUACGGAAUUCUCAAACUCAAAAUUAUAAUAGGUAUAUACAUAACCUGUGUCGUGGAAUAAAAAUGUAAAAUAUGAAUUAUAGCGGACUGUAGAUUUAGGCUGGUAAAAAUAAAAAUCCAGGAGCUACGGAGAAACGUGACCGUUUAUUAGAGGGAGAACGAACAAGAGAGAAAAAAAUUGGAUACAGACAAUGUUGCCGUAACCAAAAAAUUAAAUAUAAAAAAAAACAAACUUUUUAAUGUUGGUGUUCCAACAGUCGUUACAAAUUAUAGAUGGUACAUAUGAGUAAGGCCAGGCACAGUUCCACAGUUUGUCCUUCCAGGCAUACAAUAUUUAAAAUUAUAAGAUAAAAUUAUGCAUAAGCAAUUAGCAAUUUGAUAAAACAAAAAAUAAUGAGGUCAGUAUGUCGAGUUAUGUAUACGUAAUUCAUUUAUUUAUUUUAGAGUCACUUGUAGAUUGCUAGCUCGGUUAGGUACUACUUCAACUAUUACAUAAAUUGAGCUAGCAAAACAUAUACAAUAUGGAUAUAUCAAUCUAAUACUAGUAACUAUAUGACUUCAAACUUUUUGAUUACUUUUGAUAAUGUUUUCAGUACCAAAUGUGACUACGUAGGUACUUAAUAAUAGAUUGUAAACAUCAAUACUAUAUCCAUAUUGUAUAACCGAUUAUAGGUAUUGUAUAAUUAUAGGUAAUUAUUUUCAAGCCGAUACUCAAUAAAGGUACAGUAUGAGGAUGAUCUUGUACGAGCAACUUCCGAGCCGCUGGCUCAAGGACGCCCUGUCCAUAGUCAAACUUAGGUAAACUAUAGUUACCUUAAGAUUUAUGUGUAAAUAGUUUUAAGUGAGGUUAAUAAAUCUGUACAUUUUAUAA